AUGCCUCAUUAAGACGACAGAAAAAUUAAUUUGUUUGUAUGUAUGUUUGUUAAGUAGCAAUCAUAAACUUAAGUAUUACAUUAAAUAAAUAAAUAUUCAAAAGAUAUCUAUCAAUUUAUCUAUCAAACUAUUUUAAAAUUAAAAAAUUUAUAAUUAAUUAAUAAAACUAAUAAAAGCAAAAUUUCAUUUAGAUAUUUAAAAAACAUGGGAGGAGAUUUAUUCGACGUUAUUAAGCCUUUCUUAUUCGGUGGUAUUUCUGGUUGCGUUGCCACCAGUGUCAUUCAACCCAUCGACACAGUCAAGGUCUAAAUUUAAGUUAUUGGUGAAACUAAUGCCAAGGGAGGCCCUGGUGCCCUCUCUACCAACCCUUUCUAGGUUGCCCAAAGAGUCAUUAAACAUGAAGGUGUCAGAGGUUUAUACAAGGGUUUGGAUGCUGCCUUACUCAGACAAAUUACUUACGGAACAGCCCGUCUUGGUCUCUUCAGAUAUCUUUCUGAUAGCCACAAGGCCAAACACAAACGUAAUUUGACUUUCGGUGAAAAGGCUUUAUUCUCUUCUUUCUCUGGUUUCGUUGGUUGCUUAGUUGGUAACCCUGCUGAUGUCUCCUUGGUUAGAUGCCAACGUGACUCCCUUUUACCCCCUGAGUAAAGAAGAAACUACAAGCAUGUUGGUGAUGCCUUGACCAGAAUGGUUAGAGAAGAAGGUAUUUUAUCUCUCUGGAGAGGUUCUAUUCCCACUAUUUGCAGAGCUAUUUCUAUGAAUAUGGGUAUGUUAACCACCUAUGACUAAAUUAAGGAAAUGAUUAAUGAAUACACUGGUACCAAGGAUACCAUGUCUACCUAAGUCACUGCCUCUGCCUGUGCUGGUGUUGUCUGCUCCACUUUGUCUUUACCCUUCGAUAAUGCCAAAACUAAGCUCCAAGGUAUGAAGGCUGGUCCUGAUGGCAAAUUCCCUUACAAGAAUAUAUUUGACUGCAUGGGAAGAGUAAGAAAUUAACAAAAAAAAGCAUUCAAAAUCUUUAUUCUAAAUAAUUUAUUCUAAAACAAAUUAGACUGUUGCCACCGAAGGUAUUACUGGUUUAUGGAUUGGUCUCCCUACUUAUAUUUUCAGAGUCUCACCUCACGCUAUUACUGCCCUCUUAGUCCAAGAUUUCCUCCAUCACACUUUCACCAAAAAAGCCCAUUGAAAAUCUUAAUAAAAUUACUCUUUUAACUUAAUUAAAUUCAUAUGUAUAUUAUGCAUUAUACACUUAGUAUUUUUUUAAAGCAGAAUUGCCUUAAUAAGUUCAUUCAUUCAUUAAUUCAUUUUAUUUUAUUAUAUAAAAAUACGUUUAAAUUUUGCCUUUCUAUAAAUAGUAAAUUGAAUUUAUUUAUUUAAUGA